AUGGCACAAAUGGUUGAACUAAUCCCUCACCACAGCAUUCCCUUCAUGACUCUUGAAGUGAAAGAAGCUACAUACACAAGAUUGUGCAGUACAAAGAAGAUUUUAACUGUAAAUGGACAAUUUCCAGGGCCGACUAUAGAAGCUCAGCAUGGAGAUACAAUUUAUGUCAACGUUUAUAACCAAGGCAAACAAAACAUCACCAUUCACUGGCAUGGAGUUCUACAGCCGAGGUAUCCAUGGGCAGAUGGACCGGAAUACAUCACACAAUGCCCUAUCAAACCUGGAGGAAGAUUCAGGCAAAAGAUUAUAUUUUCAACAGAGGAAGGGACCCUAUGGUGGCAUGCUCACAGUGACUGGUCAAGGGCUACUGUUUAUGGAGCUAUUAUCAUCCACCCAAAGGUCGGAACUAGGUAUCCUUUCCCUAAACCCGAUGCAGAAGUGCCCAUAAUAUUAGGUGAAUGGUGGAAAGAAGAUAUAACAAAGGUUCUCCAGCAAAUGCAUGACACUGGAGGGGACCCUAAUAUCUCUGAUGCCUUUACUAUCAAUGGUCAGCCUGGUGAUCUUUACCCUUGCUCUAAACAAGGUACAUUCAAGCUAACGGUGGAUCGAGGCAAAACUUAUCUACUUCGCUUGAUAAAUGCUGCAAUGAACAUCAUUUUGUUCUUUGCCAUAAAAAAACAUAAUCUCACAGUUGUGGGCGUAGAUGCAGGCUACACCAAGCCACUCAGCAGUGAAUAUGUUACCAUUUCUCCUGGACAGACCAUAGAUGCCUUGUUAUCUGCCAACCAAAAACCCGACCUAUAUUACAUGGUUGCUAGGGCUUAUUCUACUGGUUCCAAUCAUCAUUUCGAUAACACUACGACCACUGCCAUCGUUCAAUACAAAGGAAAAUACAGCAAUCCAACUUCUUCUUCUUCUUCUUCGUUGCCAUCUCUUCCUUUCUACAAUGAUACAAAUGCGGCCUUUUCUUUUCUUGGUGGUCUCAAGAGCUUAGCCGAUAAAAAACAUCCAAUUGAUGUCCCAUUACACAUCAGAAAUCGAAUUUUCACCACGAUUUCCGUUAACUCUUUCCCUUGCCAAGACAAUAACAAUUGUGCUGGUCCUAAUGGAACUAGGUUUGCUGCUAGCAUGAACAACAUAAGCUUUGUUAAUCCAUCGACUGCUUUGCUCCAAGCUUACUAUCAGCACACCAAUGGGGUGUAUGGGGAUAAUUUUCCCGACAUGCCACCAUUUUUAUUCAAUUUCACUGACAUAUUUCUUCCCUUGAACUUAGAAACUCCGAAACGAGGGACCGAGGUGAUGGUGCUGGACUAUAACACCACGGUGGAGAUUGUUCUUCAAGGGACGGCAUUGAUGGGCGGGAUUGAUCAUCCUAUUCACCUGCAUGGUUACAACUUUUACAUUGUUGGAUUUGGGUUAGGGAAUUUCGACAUAUACAAGGAUCCUUUGAAGUACAACCUCAAAGAUCCCCCGCUUCGAAACACGGUGAGUGUACCCAUCAAUGGCUGGGUCACCGUGAGAUUCAAGGCAGACAACCCUGGAGUUUGGUUACUGCAUUGCCAUAUAGACCGGCAUAUGACUUGGGGGAUGAAGACUGUUUUCAUAGUAAAAGACGGAGACCAGCCCGAAGAGAGGUUACUGCCUCCGCCACCGGAUAUGCCACGGUGCUGAUAAAUCUCUGCUGAAAUUUCAUCUUUAUAAUUGUUAUAAUUAUUUUUUUUUUAAUUGUAAUGCUUUUUGGGCUAGGUCAUGGUUUAAAUUCAAAAUUGUUGUUCGAACUAUGGUCAUAUACGCCGUUAAAUAACUCUUGGUUGACUGGCACAGUUAAACUUAA